AAUGUCAAAUUGAUGGUCUCCAAGUGUCAGUAAAAAGCAAGUACUGACCUUGGGGGACACUAAACCUCCUACAAAACUUGCUAAUCUGUGCCAAGUAAACAUACUCCCAUCAUUUCAGUAUGGCUGAUGGAGAAACAUAUAAACCACAAUGGAAUUUGGUAGAGUUCACAUUGCUCUCAAUUUUUCCUAUUCAUCUUUCAUUCUUUCACAUACAUAAAGAUUUGUCAGUGAUAAUUCAUUUCAUAUUUUUAUCAGUGCUUUGUAUUCCCCCCUUGUUUCUACAGCUGAAGUUAGGGGGACACUUACAAAAAGGAAUUGUGGGAAUGCUCUCAACCUAUUUUCCUAUAUGGAAAGGUGUAGGCAUUGCAGCAUUAGUGCAUUUAAUGUUAAUUUGUAUAUACCAAGGUCCUGUUGUAGCAGAAGUGGCAAGUUAUAUGUUCAUAUCUGUAGCACAGCAGCCAUAUCUAUGGGGUACUUGUGACAAUUCAUGGAAUACAAAUUACUGUUCUCCAGGUGUUGUAAGUUCUAUAACUGGUUUGCCAGAAAUGACAAAGAGAUCAGCAUAUGAAUUCUAUACGUUUGAAUUCUGGCAGAUUACUGAUGGUAUCGAUCAUGUUCAUGGAUUCCCGCAUUGGAGAUUCACAGAGACAGUCAGUCGGAUGACUGUACCUAUGUUGCCUAUUGCGUCUGCAUCAGUUUGGCUCCUGGUACUAUUGAUGGUAGCACUCGGCGGACGUGUCUUUGGUUGGAUUUUAGCUGUUGUUACUCCUAUUGCAAUCUCCUGUACACUGGUUGUAUUAGGUUAUGGACUUGCACGCUUAGAUCAAGAACCUACAAAAGAAAUGCUGAGAAUUAUUUUUACAAUACCAGAUUUUAAACUAAGUCAUUUUACAUCUGAAGAUAUCUUUACAAAAUGCAUGAGUUCUUUCGUACACAUUCAAAUGGCCUUACCAUUAUGGUUUGGAAUUGCUCCAACAAUGGGUAAAAUGACAGGCUUUGGAAAAAUUCAUAAAAAUGUAACAUGGUUAUUAAUGAUACUGAUGUAUGGUGUCUUCUGGAUGCUGCCUACAUUAACUAUGGCACCCUAUCUUGGCAAUCUAAUACAAAAAUCUCAAGCAAUACUUAGUGAUGUUCCUCUUAGUGGUUAUCCUCUCAUUUUUGAUACCAUGGCUACAGCCUUCAGCUAUUUGCGCAUCCCACCUGCAUAUGCCUUGUUAUUCUACCUCUCCAUCUUCUUAUAUCAUGUUUUAUUUCUGUGUGUAGCUAUUCUGACUUUGGUGGACAACAUUAUGGAAUCACUGAUACCAUGCUUGGAGAGAAAUUCCAUCAAUAAGACAUUCAUCAAUGUUGUUGUCACUUUUCUUGUUGUUGGUGUUAUCAAUGCUUUGGGAGUUCCACACACCACAAAUGCUGGACCCUACUUCAAUACCCUAAUGACUGUGUCAUUGGAGCGGCUGGUAUUCUUGGUGGUAGUCCUCACUUUUAUUGGACUUAUUGUGGUCUAUGCAAAGCAGAAUUUUUCAUUAGCUGAACGCAUCAUGAUGGGUGUUUGGUUUGCCCUGUCCUGUUUGGCAACUGCUGGUAUUUGGGUUUAUAAAUUUGUUCAUGGCCAAGACGAGCUGAAUUACAAAGGCAGUGUAUACUCUGAAACUUGGGAAACUAUUUCAUGGAUUGUAUCUGGUGUACCAUUUGUGUUCGUACUUGUUGGAGCCAUUCAUGCUAUUAUGGUAGGACGUGGUCCCUGUUGUCAGCGUUUCCUUGGUACAUUCCAGGAGUCUUCAAGACAAUCCCGCUUAGACAAUGGAAGGACGUACCAUCGCGCUGAGCCUAGCGCCCCUCCGUAUGUCUACAUGGACGGAGAUGCAUUUCCCUUGGACCAUUUACCAUACAAGUCAGAUCCAGACCUGAACCCAUUGUGAAGGAGAGCUUAUAUUUAAAUUCCAGUUUUUUUUUUUUUUACAUCUGGAUGUUGACUAUUUUCCCUUUCUUCUUCACAAAUUGCUGCUAUUUAACAUGACAACAACACCAGCAAUGAUAGUAAUAAUUAUCAUUAUUAUUAUUAUUAUUAUAAUAUAUUACUAUUAUUAUUAUUAUUAUUAUUAUUAUUAUCAUCAUCAUCAUCAUCAUCAUUUCUCCCCUAUUUCUUGUUGAUGUUGUUGCCAUGAAAAAUCUACACUGGAGUCUACACCAGAAAUCAAAAAAAAAAAAAAAGAAAGAAAAGAAAAGGAAACCCUAAUAUGUUCCUAUAUUCAA